CAUAAGCUUACAUUGGUUCAUCGGCGGUACCAGUAAUCAUAGCCUGUUGCGAUGAGUUUAGUUUUUCUCAUAUGCAGCCUUAUUGUCUCAGUAACAGCCAUCGUAACGCCGAUUUCACAACGGAUGGUAAAACAAGAGUGUAGCGAAGAUACCCCAAUUGUGGUUCCAAAUUUCAAGGCCAACUGGUUCAAAGCGGUCGAGUACUGCCACUAUUUGGGACGAAACCUAAUGGGAGUGGCAUCGGCCGAAAAGCAGGACACCAUCACCACGGUGCUGGAGGAAACGGAUAAAUUUUCCGACUCCUCGUUCUGGAUCGGGGCUAGUGAUUUGGCGGAGGUCGGAAAUUUCCACUGGCACUCGACCGGGACGCGGGUAACGUGGUACAACUGGAACGAGAUGCUGGAGCUACCGAAGGCAAACGACAACCGGAAGGACGACCGCUGCGUGGUUCUGAACCACCACCAACAGGGUGCCUUCAAAUGGAUAAUCAACAAUUGCUGGGAUGAGUACUAUUUCGCAUGUGAGCGAGCAUAAAAUGUUAUGAAUUGAGUGUAUUCAAUGCCAAACAAUAGUGUUGAUACCUUUGCCUAAAAAUUUGUUAUCGAGUAAUAGUUUAAAAUAUAUUUCUGAGGUUUUAUCAUGCUGUAGCAACAAGCACAGGAGCAUUUACCGUGAACUGUUCUCAAACAAAUGAAGUUCAACGAAACCUACCUCAAUCUGUCGUUGUCUGAAGCUUCCUCCGGUGUUUCAAGGGCUUCAUGGACCUGCGUCUGUUUUAGUUCAAAACUUCUCAUAAUCACUAACAUUGUAAUUCGCUCUCACCCAUU